AUGUUUGAAGCGGGCUAUGCCAUUGGCACCGUCGCCGAGCGCACGGCGACGAUGCGUUGGGGCGUCGAACUUGCGAAGGCCUACUUUAGCACCACCGUGCCCGUCUUCAAUGUUAUUACGAGGCGUGUGUUCGGUGUAGCCGGCGGCGUUAUGUUAGGAUGUCGCGAUCCGGUCAUGCAGGUUGCUUGGCCAUCUGGGCAGUGGGGAUCGCUGCCUUUGGACGGUGGUAUUGAAGUCGGGCAUCGACACGAGCUGCGUGAGGCUGAGAAGCUUGGCAAGAAGGAGGAGUUGUAUAAAGAGUUGGAAGAGGAAUAUCUAAGGCUAAUGAAUCCCGUUCGCACAGCUAAUGCCUUCGGGGUUGAGGAGAUCAUUGACCCGAAGGACACGCGGAAGGCUUGCUGUGCCUGGGCGUUGCAUGUAUAUGAGUUCCUUAUGAGGGAGCGAUUAGCCGAUCGGGCGUGUGGAAAGCUGCAGCCUUCUUUUGCUUGA